AUGCCAGCGCAGUUGCGACCGCGCGGUUGGCGAGUGCGCGUGGAGGACGUCGAGAGCGAAACGACGCGGCGGACGUCGAGCUCGAGCUCGAGCUCGAGCGUGAGCGCAAGCGCGAGCGCGAGCGAUGUCAUCUUCGUCGGCGAGGCGCGUGCGGUGGGAAAAGCACGCAAAGAGAACAGUCAUUGGAGUUCGCAGACGCGCGCGUUGGGCUUGCGCGUGCAAGGCGUUGUCGAGGACGGAAAUUGUUGUUUUCGGUCCAUCGCUCACGGCGUCAAGGCGCUCGCGAGGCAUAAACUUUGGGAUGUUAAACGCGCUGGAUCGGAUUGGCGCGACAUUCGAGCGCGAAUGUGCGACGAAUUAGAGAAACGGCGGAACGAGAUGCGCGGGAGGACAGAAAUACGUGCGCUAUACAACCUACUGAUGAACGGCGACGAGGGGCGACGCUACCUGCGCGUUGGCAAAUUUAAGCGAGCGAGCGACGACGAGCGCUUCAAAGAGUACAUUCGCACGAUGCGUAAGGACGCCGCACCGUACACGGCGACGAAAAUCUGGACUCGCUUUUGGGGCACCGACGCCGAGCUAUGCGCCAUCGCGAGUCUCAACGACGUAGCCAUCGUGUGCGUGGAGACGACGGACGAACGCGUCCCAGCGACGGCCAAGUCACCUUUCUUCCUCGCCGCACCGCGUCGCGACGAAAGACACCGCGCUUUCGCACCCGCGAGAUACCUCGCGGACGGUCGAUUUCGUCGCGACGGUAAAACCGUCGAGUGGCGUUGCCGCCGCGCGCGCGAAACUUUCACCCUCUCCCUCGUUACCGCCGCCAUCGCGCGCCGCCGCUGCCGCCACGGCGGUGAUACCAUCCCUGCGCUGUGCGUCAAGCACUUUCCCGGCCACUUCGAAGCGCUCGUUCCCGACGAUUCAUCUCUCGCGCUCGUCCUCGACCGCUCGCAGUAG